AUGGACUCGUACCAGACCCCUCUGUCCUCGCGCUAUGCGUCCAAGGAGAUGAGCAAGCUCUUCUCUGCCGGUACCCGUUUCGGUACCUGGCGCAAGCUCUGGCUCAACCUCGCCAUCGCGGAGAAGGAGCUUGGUCUCCCGAUCUCUGACAAGGCCAUUGAGCAGAUGAAGGAGCACCUCGAGCUCGACGAGGCUCAGAUGAAGGUCGCCGCCGAGGAGGAGAAGAAGCGUCGCCACGACGUCAUGGCUCACGUCCACACCUUUGGCACUGUCGCUCCCGAGGCUGCCCCCAUUAUCCACCUGGGCGCCACCUCGUGCUUCGUCACUGACAACGCUGACCUGAUCUUCCUCCGCGAUGGUCUCGACAUCCUCCUCCCCAAGCUCGCCGUUGUCAUUGCCCGUCUCUCCGCCUUCGCCGAGAAGUACAAGGACCUCCCGACCCUCGGCUUCACGCACUUCCAGCCCGCGCAGCUGACCACUGUCGGCAAGCGUGCGACUCUCUGGAUCCAGGAGCUGCUCUGGGACCUGCGCAACCUCGAGCGUGCGCGCAACGACCUCGGCUUCCGUGGUGUCAAGGGCACGACCGGAACGCAGGGCUCGUUCCUCGCCCUCUUCGACGGCGACCACGAGAAGGUCAAGGCGCUCGACAAGCGCGUCACCGAGCUCUCUGGAUUCAGCUACGCGUACCCGGUGACUGGCCAGACGUACUCGCGCAAGAUUGACGCGGACGUGCUCGGCCCGCUCGCCUCGUUCGGUGCCUCGGUGCACAAGAUGGCGACCGACAUCCGCCUCCUCGCCAACCUGAAGGAGGUCGAGGAGCCGUUUGAGAAGGACCAGAUUGGCUCGUCUGCGAUGGCCUACAAGCGCAACCCGAUGCGUUGCGAGCGUCUCUGCUCGCUCGCGCGCCACCUGAACGUGCUCCAGCUGAACGCGCUGCAGACGUCGUCCGUGCAGUGGUUCGAGCGCACGCUCGACGACAGCGCGAACCGCCGCGUGACGCUGCCCGAGGCCUUCCUCACGGCCGACAUUCUGCUCACGACGCUGCAGAACGUCUGCGAGGGCCUCGUCGUGUACCCCGCCGUGAUUGCGCGCAGGAUAUCGCAGGAGCUCCCCUUCAUGGCGACCGAGAACAUCAUCAUGGCCAUCGUCAAGGCCGGCGGCGACAGGCAGGAGUGCCACGAGAAGAUCCGCGUGCUCUCGCACCAGGCCGGAGCCGUCGUCAAGGAGCAGGGAGGCGAGAACGACCUCAUCGACCGCGUCAAGGCCGACCCCUACUUUGCCCCUAUCAUUGACCAGCUCCCCCAGCUCCUCGACCCCAAGACCUUCAUCGGCCGCGCCCCCGAGCAGGUCGACGAGUUCGUCGCCGAGUGGGUCAACCCCGCCAUCGAGAAGUACCAGGACCAGAUCAAGAACGUCAAGGCUGCCGAGCUCUCGGUCUAA